GCAACCUGGGCGUCGCUGGGAGGGACAUCCGCCGUGGCUUGUCGUAAAUGCGCGGCGUUUGGAAGUCGCUCCGACAACCGCAACCGCAACAGCCAGCGUACAGACAUAUACGCAGCAGGCACUAUGAACGACGGCCUGCGUCUUCUAGGCCCCCCAUCGCUGGUGCUGGCCCUGAUCGUCUCAGGCGUCCACAACCCGCUCGUCGUCUCCGCCUGUCUGUCCGUGCUCGCCGGCUUCUUCACCUACCUCGCAAUCCCUUGGGUCGGCGACGUGUUUGUCAAACAUGGACGCUUUGGGCAGGAUAGGCUGAAGGCGGAUCGUCCUGUGCUCCCGGAGAGCAUGGGUGCGAUGGCGGGCCUGAUCUAUAUCAUUGCCCUGUUCUUGUUUAUUCCAGUGCCGUUCAUCAGCUGGUUCAGGGAGUCGGGGCUUGGUUUGGGUGAAGGGAGCAGUUUUCCUUACAAUAAGCUAGCGCAAUUUUUAGGAGGCCUGUUAGCCCUCAUGAGCAUGCUCUUCCUCGGCUUCGCAGACGACGUCCUCGACAUCCGAUGGCGGGUCAAAAUCUGGAUGCCUCUCAUCUCAUCCAUGCCGCUGCUAAUGGUCUACGCGGUAACAUACGGCGGCACGGACGUCGUGGUACCCGUCCCAUUGCGUGCCCUCAUCGGAAGCAAACUGCUGCCUUUGGGCGGUUUCUACUACGCUUUCAUGGCCGCCCUCGCUAUUUUUUCUACAAACGCUAUCAAUAUCCUCGCGGGCGUCAAUGGCGUUGAGGCGGGCCAGUCGCUCGUGAUUGCGGUCUCCAUCGCGUUGAAUGAUUGCUUGCAGUUGCAGAGGAAUCCGGCGAGGUCUGAGGCGCAUUUGUCGUCGUUGUACUUUGUGCUCCCCUUCAUUGGAGUCACCAUAGGGUUCCUCAAGCACAAUUGGUACCCUGCCCGCGCCUUCCCCGGCGACAGCUACUGCUACUUCGCGGGCAUGAUCUUCGCCGUCGUCGGCAUCCUCGGCAACUUCAGCAAAACAGUCCUCCUCUUCAUGCUCCCGCAGAUCUUCAACUUCAUCUACUCAUGCCCGCAACUGUUUGGGUUCGUCGAUUGUCCGCGGCAUAGGAUGCCCAGCUGCGACCACAAAACCAACCUCCUCCAAUACACAACCUUCCUCCUCACCGCCAAGCGCGGCAAACUCGCCACCCUCGGCAAGCCAAUGAUCUCCCUCCUCCACUUCCUCGGGCUCGUCAAACUCACCACCGUCACCGUCCCCGCCACAAACAUCGCGGAUUCGUUGGAUGCUGUCACUGCGUCGCCGGUGGAGGUGGGGGGGCGACGCGCGAGCGGGGGGAAGAUGAAUGGGAAGGGGAAAGGGAAGGCGAAGCCGGGGAAAUUGUCGUACCCGCCGCGGCCUAUGCUUUCACCCGCCGGAUCGUCCUCCGCCCUCCAUGCCACAACCGCCUCCUCCUCCUCCUCCUCCCCAACAACAACAGAAACACACGUAAACAACCUGACGAUCAUGAACCUCAUGCUCGUCAAACUCGGGCCAAUGACCGAACAGCAAUUGGCGAUCUGUGUGGUCGUGUUUCAGGCCGCGUGUUCGGUGCUUGCGUUUGGCGUGCGGUAUCUGGCGGUGCAGUGGGUUUAUAAUGUCGUUGAGGAUGAUCGGAUGUAGCGCGGGCAGGGAAGAGGGAAGAGGGGAAGUGGGGGUUUUGUGUUGUUGUAAAUCGUUUAGAGCUGGGGCGGAAAUAGACUGGGCGGAACUGAGGGAGCUCAUUUUUUUGAGCAUUUGCCAUAUUUGAUUUGCCAACCAGCACAUCGCUCAUUGGGG